GGUGAAGAACACAUUAUCAUUACUAUAAUUCAGAUUUGAAUAUAUAUGGAGCCACUGAAUUGAAUGUUUGAUUUCAUUUAAUCACUCAACUAUCUAUGUUUAAAUGCAAAGCUCAUCACGUGACGUGCAAAAGCAAAACAGAGGAAAAGACUUCACCUCCAAGGCCCUGUUUUCAUACAGCUCGGCACGCCAUCAGUCUCUUUCUUUGAGACCGGGAAUAGUAGCAAAAAUUUUCAUUUCAAUCUCAUCGUCAAGAUGGAGGACACAACAUGGGAGCAGAGACUACAAGCCCUAACCCACGUCCUAACCAGCACCACAACACCACCACCUCUCUACUCUCAAUUAUUUAUCUCCAGACAAAUUCCGUGCUACCUCAACUGGGACUACCCACCGAUCCUCUGCACCAAAGACACCAGGAUCUUCCCUUCUCUCCAUCUGAGGUGGGGAUUCUCUCUCUUUGUCAAAAGGGUCUCCAGAUUAGGGAUUCCUGAGACUUCUUGGAGGUCCAAGUGCCCAUACCAACAACCCCCACCGCUGAUUCUUGCAAAAGGAGUAGAGGAAGCACAGUGGGGUGAUGAGCAAAAAAGAGUAUAUUUUAGGAUGAGGAUGAGAAGGAAAAGACUUGGCAGUAAUAUUCAUCCUUCUAUUCCUAUUUUAGUUCCCAAUCUGUUACUGUUUUCACUUCUGCUCUGGAACCCUCUUCCUAAUCUUGAUUCUUAAGAAAUAUUGUGGGUUUGUAACAUGUGCAUGUAAUUAAAAUUGUAACAAUUUUCCAUCA